AUAAAACAUAAGAAACACGAGACCCAGUUGUUUGUUUUCUUCUGCGUUUGUCUCUCCACCUUCACCAGAAGCUCCUUCCUCUAUUCCUAAGCGGAAUUCAGGGGUCAAAUUACACAGCUUCACGAUUCUAACGUCAAUGUUGCAUUCUCUUUCAGUUUUCGUGUAAAGGGGUUUCGAUUUUCAUUGAAUCCACUGAAAAAUUUGACCCCAACAGAGAAGCGGUGUUCAUUGGAAUUCAUCUUACCCAUGGAAGAAUCAAGUGAAGUGAAAUCGGAAGAAAACAAAGUCUCUAUGGAGAAAAAUAAGAAAAGGAAGCUCAAAACACCGGCCCAGCUUAUGGCCUUGGAGAAAUUUUAUGAUGCGCACAAAUAUCCAUCAGAGGAGAAGAAAUUAAAACUUGCUGAGGAGAUAGGGUUGACGGAGAAGCAAGUAUCUGGAUGGUUUUGCCACAGAAGGUUAAAAGAUAAAAGAUUGUUGAAAGAUGAAGCAGUUGCUAAUGGACGACAAGAUCGUUCAAGUGGUGUCAUCCAGGAUCGUGGUAGUGGACUUGGGCAAGAUUCAUGUGGAAGCAGUAAACAUGGUGAUAAUAAGCAUCUGGAUCCUAAAGAGGCUGAGAGCCAUGGCAUCUACAAUCAAGAUAUUUCAGUUGCAGAUAUGACCUAUGGACGUAGGGAUUAUUAUCCAGAAAAUGGUAGAGGAAUGGAUGACACAUCAUCUGAGAGCAGCUCAUUUCUGCAAGAACGUUUGUAUUCCCAGGGCCAGGAUCCCUAUGAUAUGGAGCCUUCUAGACAUCGAACACCUAGCGGAUCUCUUCCACCCCUAAAUCCCAAGAGUGCAACUAAAAUGGGAUAUAAACCAUCAGGAUAUUUGAAAGUGAAGGGCGAGAUAGAACAUGCUGCUAUAACUGCUGUUAAGAAGCAACUAGGAAGGCAUUAUCUGGAAGAUGGUCCUCUGCUUGGUGUAGAAUUUGAUCCACUUCCUCCAGGGGCAUUUGAAUUCCAAACUGAAUAUCCAGUUCAUGAAGCAUACCAUGUUGCAAAUCCAGUUCAUCUGAAUUCUCCAGAAGUUCCCGCUGUAAAAAGGCAACCCAAUCUUAGCUCUAGACAUGAUUCCUAUUAUACUAAAUUUAGUUCCCAAGAUUCACAUAUGGAAGGAGUUGACUUUGGCUUCUUGCAAGACUAUGAUGUCCAGGAUACUCAAGAUAAGAAAGCCCGCCAGGAUAUAAAUUACAGUCAAACUUUCUACAAUGAUGCCAAUAAUUUCCCUGGAAGAAACUCUUCCCAGGAUUUGUAUGAAGACUCUACCAGAGAAGUAUCUGCUUAUAAUAGCUCUAAGAAUCAUAAAAUGGGCAAAGGCAAUAAGCGUGGUGUUGAGGGGAUGAGAUCUUAUUCUACUUCUAACCAUAGAGAUCACUAUGAAGAUGACAUUGCAGUUAAGCCGACAGACAUUCUGCUUCUUGAGUAUGAUAAUAUCGAUCCAAAAAAUGUGCAAAGGAGUGAGCAUGUAAAAUCCAAGCCUUCAAAUUCAAUCCGUAAAUCUCGAGUUCCCAUGGACCCUGAAGAGAGAGGGCUAUCUACUAGGAUGGCGAAGGAAGAGGUGUUUAAGGGAGACCGGAAAGCAAAAAAGAAAUACCGUAAUGCAGAUGGAGUAGGGAUGCUUUCAAAUGAAAUUGCGGUAUUGGAUGUGUUGCAAAACGAGUUAAAGCUGGUACGCCACAAGAAUACAAUGUGAAACAAUCACCUGUUCCUGAUAUCGAACGAAGGAAAAAGCAGAGAUCUGGUGCUGAUAUGCCAUUGCCGUCUAGCUUUAGCGAGGACGAAACUGCUGAAACCAGUUCCUCACUGGAUUAAUAAUGUGUUUGUUUAACACUCUCGCCUUGUCUUGUCUAUCAAAACUGAAAAGUAUCAACUACAUUAUUUUUACAAAACUGAAUUUUUUUCAGUUUCGGGUGAAGGACAAACAGGCCCUAAUUAUUGUUGAUAGAUGGUGAGAAGUGUGGGGUUUCUCUAAGCCAUGAUGUACAGCUUUAAAUUACAUCCAUGGGAAGAAGCACUGUUUCUAGGAGUAGUCACAUGAAUUGGUGACUCCAUUUGCUGUUUGUUGUGCUCCCCUAUUUGCAGUUUGUAAAAAUGUUGUUACCCCCCCCCCCCCCCCCGGGAUUUAUCUUAUCUUUUAUUCUUCCUUUUUGUUGAUGUAAAAUUUCAUUUCUUCCAGCUGAUUGUGGUAGGUGCUUAUAUAAAUGUCAUUUGUUUAUUUAUGCCAUUAGUGCUUUUGGCACCCUAAUUUGGUCCAA